CUUGAUUUCCUGCUCUUGACGAAAUAUACCUCUAUUACUUCUCCCAUUUUGAACUUCAUCAUACGGGAAUCAUAGCCAUGGCCAAUGCCAUAAGCCUGCUGGAAUAUUUGCAGUGGGCACCUCCUGCGCUUCCAAUUGGGGCUAUUGGGACCUCCCGGGAGAACACAACAAACACAAACUAUAGUCCUGCAGAUAUCAACGAAGUUGGUCGUUGGGCCGACUUCAAUUUGAACAACAUCAUGGCUGAAUUUCGACCAUUUUUGAUCGAGGCGAUGAUAGACCGUGAAGUAAUGCCAACUCCACCUCGUGAAGUGCGCAACGAGGAACAGGUCAGGACACAAUUUAAGUGUUAUCUGGAUGGAAGAGUUAGACAUGCGCUUCGCGUUUCUUUUCCAGAAUUGAUAAAGCGAAAUCAACUUGGAAACCGGGUUAUUAUAUCGUUUGAUGAAGGUACCCGGGCCAAAAUCCCAGAUCAAUUCAUACCCGAUACCGCGUACUUUGAACCUCGUCUCCCAGAGCCAACUCGAUCAAAUCGCGCACCUGGUGAUAUCAAAACGUCCUGGAAAUGGAAACACACUCUCGGCUCAAGUUCUAAUCGUAAGGACCGGACUGAGUUUAAGAAGGUCCUAGCGCAAGUCAAUUACUACAUGAGACAGCAUAAAACUCGCUACGGAUUCAUACUCACUAAUGUUGAGCUCGUCGCCAUUCGCAGACGCGAUAGCAAUGGAAACCUGGAACUCUCCGAGCCUAUACCUUGGACCACUCGCGGUGAUACCACCCAGCCGCAGUUAACCGUUUUGCUUGGGUUGUGGUAUCUCGGAAUGCUCGCUUCUGAUAAUAUGGGCUGGGAGCUGGCCUAGGUAGAAUUUGGAACUACCACCCUACUUAAUAGUGUUUUAUUAACGUGUGAGUGGGAGCUGUUAGUCGUCUAUGCAAGGCGCAUUUCUUAAGGUUUCAACACAUAGUGCCUUGAUGCUCAGUCCGCCCCUUUGAGAUAUAUGUAAAAAGCAUGACUCUGCUUCAACAGCAGUAAAAUAGUUCGCAAUCCCAUAUGAUGUGCUCUUGCCUAUCUUAAAAGCGAAUGGUACUAAACUUCAAUGUGUGCCUCGCAGAUAGAGGGAAAUGAAUGAUACCCAGCUAUCUGAGUUAGAUAUUGUCUUAAAUGACAACGCGCAGAGCAAAGAAAAAACAAGCAUCUAGGUGUAUUGCCUUUGUAUUAGUUAUUGCUAGGGAUGGCCAAUCUACCUGGUUAGCUCAUAGGCUAGCUUAGCUAAC